AUGCCAAGGAGGGGAAUGCUGGUGCUGGCGCUCUUGCUGGCGUUGGAUCUCCUCCAUCCGACGGCCGCGCAGCGCGAGCCAGCCAAGUGCGCCAGCAGCGAUGCCGGAUCUGUGUUGAUGCCAUGCUUUGCCAUGCUUUGCCAUGCUUUCCUCGAGCAACAAAGCAGGGAGCCAUCCGCGCGCUGCUGCUCCGCCGUCGCAAACUCCACGCAAAAAGAGCCACCGCGCUGCCUGUGCGUGUUCCUCGACCAGCUCGCGCGCGCCAUGAAUCGAACCCAGCCCCUCCAGCUCCCGUCGCUCUGUGGCGACGCCCGGCCGGAGCGCUGCAAAGAUGCCGUUGCGCCGGCGCUUGCUCCAACGCCAGCUUUUUUGGCAGCUGGGGCUCUCGUACCUGGUCCGCUUCACAGUGGGGGAAGUUUUAUGCCUGUCACGAGUCCCUGGAACGUACUGGGGAUUGUCCUCGUUUUACUUAGCAUCUAA